AAGGCAUGCUUCAUUUCUCAAAGUUUGAGAAAUAAUUGCCGUCCUACUUCUUCCCUCCUUUUUUUCUCUCUCAUAUGACCAUAUCAAUUCACUUUAAUAAUUUAGAUUUCCCUUCUUUCUCAUCAUACAUUCAUACCAACUUUACUAAUAUUCUAUACUUAAUUAUCUAGAUUAGUUAAAUAAACUCUCACAACAACAUUCCAAGAAACACCAUCUCAUUCCAUUUCCUUGUCCUUUCUUAACAUCACCUUUUUCCUCCUUUUUAUUUAUCCCUCUUUUGUUAGAAUCCCAUUUCUAUUUUAUCAAUCAAAUUCAAGAAUUUAACUCAAAGUUUUCAUUCUACCAUUAAAAUCAUCAUUCAUUCUUGCAAAGUUGUAACCUUUUUUUGGAUUCUACUAUUCUAGCAUCUUAAUUUAUUACUUUUAUCAAUCAAAUACCCACCAAAUUCUCUUUGAACAAUACUUAUAUAUCCUAAAGUUUUCAUUUUUCCAUUAAAAUCAUCAUUCUUGCAAGAAAAAGUUUCAACCUUUUUUAGAUUCUACCAUCUGGGUUAUUUCUUCCUUGAUCAAAAACUUUGUGGGUAAUCUUCAAAAUCAAAAUUUUCAUCAUCAAAAUAUAGAAAAAUGUCUCCUUCAAAUUUUCCCUUAAGAUGGGAAAGUACAGGAGAUAAAUGGUGGUAUGUAUCACCAAUAGAUUUUGCAGCAGCAAAUGGUCAUUAUGACUUAGUUAGAGAGCUUCUGCGCCUUGAUGGUAACCACUUAAUAAACCUUACCUCACUUCGUCGCAUCAGGCGCUUAGAAGCAGUGUGGGAUGAUGAGGCACAAUUUGAUGAUGUAGCAAAGUGUAGGUGUGAAGUUGCAAAACAACUUUACAAAGAAUGUGAGAGUAAAAAAGAGGGUAAAGAUAAAAACUCAUUGAUUGUUGCAGGAUAUGGUGGGUGGCUUUUGUACACUGCUGCAUCAGCAGGAGAUUUGAGUUUUGUGGAAAAACUUGUAGGGAAAUAUCCUUUGUUAGUUUUUGGGGAAGGUGAAUAUGGGCUUACUGAUAUAUUGUAUGCAGCUGCUAAGAGUAAGAAUCCUAUGGUUUUUAAGGCUGUUUAUGAGUUUGCUGUUUCGCCGCGGUUUUCGAGUGGUGGAGGAGAGGGGGAGGAGGUGGUUGAGGAUGUUCCAUUGGAGUUUAAGUUGGAGGUGAAGAUUAGAGCUGUUCAUGCUGCUGCUAGAGGUGGGAAUUUGAUUGUUUUGAAGGAGCUUCUUAAGGAUGAUUCUAGUGAUGUGUUGGAGUUUAGGGAUGUUAAUUGUUCUACUGUUUUGCAUUCUGCUGCUGGGAGAGGUCAAGUUGAGGUAGUUAAGCACCUGGUAUCAUCCUAUGACAUGAUCUCUUCUGUUGAUGAAAAAGGCAAUACGCCAUUGCAUGUUGCUGCUUACAGAGGUCAGUUAUCUGUUUUAGAAGCUCUAAUCCAAGCAUCACCUUCAUCUGCCUCGGUAAUGAACCAUGAUGGGGAUACAUUCCUCCAUAUGGCUGUUGCUGGUUUCCAAACUUCUGGUUUUCGUAGAUUAGAUCAGCAGAUUGAACUUAUGAAGCAGCUUGUAAGUAGAAAAAGCUUCAUUAUAGAAGACAUUAUCAAUUCCAAGAAUUAUGAAGGGAGAACCGCUCUUCAUCUCGCCAUUAUUGGGAACAUUCACUCUGAUCUAGUGCAACUGUUAAUGAGUGCCCGCUACAUCAACGUGAAUAUCCGUGAUGAUCAUGGCAUGACCCCGCUUGAUUAUCUCAAACGACAACCAAAAUCAGCUUCAUCAGAAAUCCUAAUCAGACAGCUGAUUUCUGCUGGUGGUAUAUCUAGUUGCAAAGAUAAUGCUGUGAGAAAAGCAUUCGCCUCGCAUUUAAAGAUGCAAGGCAUUUGCAGCAGUCCAGGAACAUCCUUCAGAGUGUCUGACAAUGAGAUUUUCUUAGGCACAGGCAUAGAAAGGUUGGUUCAUACUAAUACAGGCCAACUAAAUGGGGUCCAUUUUCAUUUUAAUUCCUCAGGGGAGGCAAGUCAUUGUGAUUCACCUAAUGUUGAAGACAAUAAAACUCCAGACAUGAAGAAAACAGGCCCAUUACACAAUGCAGCUAAGAGGCUUAAAACUAUGUUUCACUGGGCAUUGGUGAAACGCAAAGAAACCGAAAGAUCCAAGAGUAUACAAGUGAAAGAUGACGGGUUUUCUGACAAAAGACGUAGCACCUCAGAGGAAACUCCAAUCCCGUUAAGGGAGAGAUAUUCGAAUGCUUCUUCGCUUUCUAGUAAUAAGAGAACACUCGCUGUGAGGAGUAACAUUUCGAGUCCUACCAACAGGAAGAAAUUGGCUCCAGGGUUGGCACAUGAUGCCCUGCAAGACCGGCUUAUGGCUAACAUUUCAGCACAACAGUCAUUCUCCAAGUCAUCACUUUCAUCUAAUAGUUCUUUGGAGAAAGGGAAAGAAAUUAGUGUCGAAGAUGAGAAUGCAAGACCGUCUUGCUUGAAGCAAAUUGGUUCAGACUCCGCUGCCCCAAAUGUGAUGCGGAAGCAAGGAUCCAUGAACAAGAGACUCGUGAACCCGAUUUUGUGCUUUGGCGGAUCACACAUAUCGGUUAGAAAUUCAGUUAGCAAGCAUUUUACUAGGCAACCUGUUCAGUCAGUUGCUUAAGUUAAGCUAACCAAUAAGCAUUUAAUCACUAAAUCAUGGCCUUAGAUAAUUAUUGAGUUUAAUCACUACUUGUGAUCUUGUGACCUCUGACUGUCAUCUUUUAAGGUGCAUAGUUAUGUGUUAGCUCUUUCUUGUAGAUGACUCUCCACUUUCCAGGAUCACUACUAAGAUGUAUGUACUCCAGAACUUUUGAGACUUCCUGUAAUAUAUUUAAUAUGCCACGUUUGGACUUUGUGUA